AGGGUGACGUCAUCAUCCCGCGACGCGAGCGAGAGGAGCGGGGUCCGAGCGAUGGCGGCCUGCAGGGCCUUUCGGCGGCGCAGGGAGGAGCCCGAGGAGGAUGAGGAGGACGAGCAGCUAGCCGAGGAGGUCAGGUUAAAACUCGAGGAAGCCAAAGAAGUGCAGAGCCUCAGGAAGCGUCCCAACGGGGUGAGUGCUGUAGCUCUGCUUGUGGGAGAGAAGCUGCAAGAAGAGGCAACACUUGUGGAUGACCCUUUUAAGAUAAAAUCCGGGGGGAUGGUGGACAUGAAGAAACUGAAAGAACGGGGCAAGGACAGGAUUAAUGAAGAGGAAGAUUUGAACUUGGGAACUUCCUUCUCAGCUGAAACCAACAGGCGGGAUGAGGAUGCUGACAUGAUGAAGUACAUUGAGACAGAGCUGAAGAAGAGAAAAGGAAUUGUGGAGAAUGAAGAACAGAAGGUGAAGCUUAAGAACGCUGAGGACUCUCUGUAUGAGCUGCCAGAGAACAUCCGUGUCUCCUCUGCCAAGAAGACUGAAGAGAUGCUGUCCAACCAGAUGCUGAGUGGCAUUCCUGAAGUGGACCUGGGAAUUGAUGCAAAAAUAAAAAACAUAAUCUCAACUGAAGAGGCCAAGGCCAAGCUGCUGGCAGAGCAGCAGAACAAGAAGAAAGACAGCGAAACUUCCUUUGUUCCCACAAACAUGGCUGUUAACUAUGUCCAGCACAACAGAUUUUAUCAUGAGGAGCUAAAUGCACCAGUGAGAAGGAAUAAGGAAGAGCCGAAGCCCCGUCCACUGAGAGUGGGGGAUACAGAGAGGCCAGAACCUGAGCGCUCUCCUCCAAAUCGCAAACGUCCACCCAAUGAAAAAGCAACGGACGAUUAUCACUAUGAGAAAUUCAAGAAGAUGAAUCGGCGAUACUGAAGGGUGUGGACUGAGGCCUCUGCAGGAGUGCUUGUUCUCUCUGUCUCUCAUAGAGGAUCUUGUGUCAGUGCCGUGAAAUGGAGGACGGGAGCAUCGCUGCCUCCCCGUGUUGGUGUCACCUGCAGAGCUUUUCUUGUGUUCUUGUGUUCACCUGUUUGCAGGUGGUUGUGAACUCUGGUUGGUAAAAUCCUGUAUAUAACUUAUUUUCCACUAUAAAGCUUAUUUUAUCAUAACAUCAGCUUUCUCGGCGAGCAUUUUUUCAGCGGGCAGACGAACGUGCUGUUACAGAUUCUUUCACCUUCUUAAAAAGUGUGGAGAAAAACAAGUAAGGUAUCCUUUAAAAGCAGCAGCGGGAAGGGGGAGCUGAAAGGCAGCAGGUUGGAACACAGCGUGGGGAGGAGCUGCUUUGUUCCCAAGGCUUCACUGUGCAGAGCUCUGUGCUGGGGGCCGGGGGUGAUGUGAAGGAGCCUGAAAGCAAAAGGUGGGACUUAAUAAAAACGUUUUGCAUUGUAA